AUUAGCAUUAUAGAAGACAAACAUUAAAAUAUAUGGUUUCCAUGCAAUCUGGACGUUCUGGCAUCGGACACAAAAAUAUAUUUACUCAUAUACAAUUAUAAUAAAACGGCCAGUGCUGCUAAGCUGGCGGACAACGUAUAUCGUGACCUGCCAAUCUCACUUUGUGGUGAGCGUCUGAAGAAACAUUGUUUAACUAUGUGAAAUCUUGCACUUAGAUACCACAUAAUGUAUGUACACCUAUUACUUGGACUGGUCUUCGGAUUGGUGAAAUGUGACCAUCACAGCAGGACUAACCAACUGCCUGACCGAUCUACCAUAGUCCAUCUGUUCGAAUGGAAAUGGAAUGAUAUUGCCGACGAGUGCGAACGAUUUCUGGGACCUAAAGGAUAUGGCGGAGUGCAGAUUUCUCCUCCGUCAGAAAAUGCUGUGAUCCAUCUUGCUGACGGCUCAAGACCAUGGUACGAGAGAUAUCAAGUGAUGUCGUACAAGCUCGUGACCCGAUCUGGAAACGAAGAAGAGUUUGUGAAUAUGACGAGAAGGUGUAACGAUGCUGGUGUCAGAAUUUACGCCGAUGUUGUCAUCAAUCACAUGACUGGGCACCUCAGAGAAGCUAUCGGGACUGGUGGCAGUACAGCUAAUUAUGAUUCCUUCAGCUAUCCUUCAGUGCCUUACGCACGCGAACACUUCCAUUUGCCUCCGUGCGCCAUCGACAACUACAAUAAUCCUAAUCAGGUCAGGUCAUGCGAUCUUGGUGGCUUGAAAGAUCUUAACCAUGGUAUUCCUCAUGUACGUGACAGAAUCGUUGAUUUCUUAAAUCAUCUCAUUUCACGCGGUGUUGCUGGUUUCAGAGUGGACGCGGCUAAGCACAUGUGGCCAAAUGACCUCAAAGCUAUAUACGACAGACUUCACAAUCUGAACACAGAUUUUGGUUUUGAACCUGAAACGAGACCGUAUAUUUACCAAGAAGUGGCGUACAAUGGUAUCGAAUCGAUAAAGCAUUCCGAAUAUAUUCCUCUAGGUGACGUUACGGAGUUUAGGGUUGGUUAUGAAUUAAAGCCGGUAUUCCUUGGCCACAAUCCUCUGAAAUGGCUGGUAUCUUGGGGCGAGAGAUGGAGCCUUUCACCUAGCGACAAUGUACUAGCAUUUAUUGACAAUCACGACACACAGAGGGGCAAUGACGUACUUACUUACAAAAACGCUCGGGCUUACAAGGCAGCAAUAGCGUUCUUAUUGGCACAUCCUUACGGCGAACCUCGCAUCAUGAGCAGCUACUUCUUCAACAAUUUCCAACAAGGACCGCCAAGCGAUGCUCAGGGGAAUAUUAAAUCACCGAUUAUUAACCAGGACGACACUUGUGGUAACGGCUGGGUGUGCGAACAUCGUUGGCGUCAGAUCUACCAGAUGGUAGCCUUCAGGAACACUGUGGGCGACGCUCAGAUCAGCAACUGGUGGGACAACGGUUACAACCAGAUCGCUUUCAGCAGAGGCAAUAGAGGCUUCAUUGCCUUCAACGUCCAGGAAAGCAUUUUGAACGUUUCAUUGCAGACCGGAUUACCUGAAGGUGAUUACUGUGACGUCAUAAGUGGUAAAAGAAACGGAAAGAAUUGCACGGGAAGAAAAAUAACAGUGAAAGCCGACGGUAAAGCUCAAAUCGAGCUGGCCGGCAACGCUAAGGAUAUGAUGCUAGCGAUUCAUGUUGGAAGAGAGUCGUCGCUCUUGAUUACGGAACGAGCAAGUUUUUCUUUUACUUUUUUUAGGGUGGGAAAAUAGUACUUCGAUUUUCUUCUGGAGAAAAAAUUGUAACUGCUUUCAUAUUUUAUUCUGCAAAAUAUAUCAAAUUUAAAUAUAUUUAAUCAGCAUGUCAA